CACAAAAAGGUAAUCUAGUGAGACAUAUGAGAGUUCAUAAAAAGGAGACUCCAUAUAACUGUGAGUUUUUCAACAAAGGAACAUCUGAGAAAGGUCAUAUAUUAAUGGAUAUGAGAGUGCAUACAAAGGAGAAGUCAUACAGCUGUGAUAUUUGCAACAAGACCUUCUCACGGAAAGCUCAUGUAGUGAGCCAUAUGAAAGUACAUACAAAGGAGAAGCCAUAUAACUGUGAUAUUUGCAAUAAGGCCUUCGCAACAAAAAGCGACUUAAUAAGGCAUAUCAUAAUACAUACAAAGGAGAAACCAUACAGAUGUGAUAUCUGCAACAAGGCCUUCUCACAGAAAACUAGUCUAGUGAACCAUAUAAGGUUACAUACAAAGGAGAAGCCAUACAGCUGUGAUAUUUGCAAGAAGGCCUUCUCACGGAAAGAUAAACUAGUCAGUCAUAUGAGAGAACAUACAAAGGACACGUUAUAAAACUGUGAGAAUGGCUAAUCUACCUA